UUUUAACGUCAGAGGUUAUUUCUAAGGUCACGGAGUUUGAUUGGCCAGCUUGUAAUGACAACAGCUUUCGAGGUCAGUUGCUCAGUCAAGUGUGACUUACCAAUUCUAAGUGUUCCUUCUCAAGAGAAGGAACGAUAAACAACUACAUUCAGACCUGUAUUAAAUACUCAGCCAGGGGAGCGACACAAUUUGGCCACUUAAUACAGGUGGUUUCUUAAGAAAAGUAGAAAUUAGAGCAAAACUGUCAAUUUGAGAAGUUAACUGAAUGACUGCUUAAGGCCGGUGGUUGCUCAAUAUAGGUGACCGCUAGUACAGGUUCAACUGUAUUCUAUUUCCGUAGACUUGCGCAAAAAUUUCAGAUGAUAAUGACAAUUAUUAUCUGUAGAAUAUCUGUAGACAUUGUCACUAGACUUUUACAUAGGAUAGAAGGGCUGUUUUAUCCUUAAUACAGUCGCAACAAAUGUUCCAUGCCAUGUGAAAUUUCAACGUAUUCUAGUUGCAUGACGCGUAUACCACAAGGCACUUUUGAAAGGUAUUCUGUUUUCUAUAUCAAAAGUCUACAUAUUUUGUUGUUGUACCCCAAAGUCUGUUUAUUAUCGACUUGAUAUGAUAAACGUACUUAAAAAGCUACAUCUAAAUGAAAUGCCAAAAAUAGUUUCGAGUUAAUCCACUAGCGUAUCAGUUAAAAGGUUUACUACAAUAUCCCAAUAAAAUCGUUGUAUUUGUCAGAAAAAAAAAUCCUUUUCGUAUAUGAAUUUAAAGAUAAAUCAAUAAUAAUGUAUUUCAAAAUCAUUUUUAAACAGCGUGGCAUUCAUUAUUGUAUCCUGUUUUUAUCACCUUAUCAAUGAAUUAUUAAAUGGUUCUUAACCAGUUUUAAUAUUCCCGUUGGAUGGCAACAUUUUGGAGGGGUGUGACAUGUGUCACGGAGCUAAUGCCCAUAUGCUACUGUUAAGCGAAUUAACAAUAAUUCAUCUUAAUAAUACUGGAAAUCAGGAAAACAACCUCUAGAUACGAGCUUGUAGGAACAGAACAAAUAGGUUCAUUCAAAAUGGAUAUAAAAACGACAGGGAAAGAAUACAGAAAUACAUUUGUGUUGUCAGGAGCCUUUACAGCAAUAUUUACUGCAUACCUUGCAAUACAAAAUCUUCAAAGUAGUUUGAAUCAAGAGCAAGGCCUUGGAAUAAUCUCCUUGUCAUGUAUGUACGCUUGUAUAAUCAUCUCUGGCAUCCUCGCACCUGCCAUUAUUCAUGUUUUUGGGGAGAAAAAAAUUCUCGUAAUCUCGUUCAUAUGUCACGUAAUCUAUGUAGGAACUAAUUUUUAUCCAACCUUUGCGACGUUAGUGCCGUCAUCAGUAUUGUUAGGCCUCACGGCUGGACCAAUGUGGACGUCUCAAAGUGUAUAUUUGGCUGAUAUGGCAUGUUCCUACGCAGACAGAACUUCGAAAGAUGGUCAUGCUGUUCUUAGUAAAUUUAAUGGAAUUUUCUUUGCAAUGUUUGAAACCACGCAAAUAACGGGAAACCUGAUUUCAUCUCUAGUUCUUCAACAGGGCAGCUACGAAAGUAGUUCCUCAGCCAAUGAAACAACUGUAAAGUUUUGUGGUAGUGAAGAUUGUCCAAUGGCGGUCAAUGGCACAAAAAUUGAUGAACCCGACCGUCAUAUUGUGUAUAUCCUUUUAGGUAUAUUUUUGAUAUGUGAUGUUUUUGGUGUUUUUCUUACUGCCUGUUUCUUGCCGCCGAUGAAUAAACUUGCAUCGAAACAGAAAGUGAAUCUGUUGAAAUCUUUAGCGUCAUGUGGAAAGGGUCUCACAGAUUUAAACCUUGUUUUUCUGUUACCCUUAAUAAUGUUUAUGGCGAUGGAGCAAGCAAUUCUGUGGACUGAUUAUACAAAGGCAUUCAUUAGCUGUCCAUUAGGAAUUCAGAAGCUUGGAUUCGUCAUGGCAACCUAUGGUGGCUCCACGACAGUCUUCGCACUCGUAUUUGCUCGAGUCUCAAAAUAUACCGGACGAUACAUUUUAUUUGCUCUAGCUGGCCUGGUCAACCUUGGUAUUUUGAUAACGUUAUAUAUUUGGAUACCAAGUUCUGAGGAUGUUUUUCUCAUAUUCUUGAUACCAGUUAUUUGGGGCAUGGCUGAAGGAAUAUGGCAAAUACAGUCAAAUGCCUUGGUUGCACUGCUAUUCCCGGAAAAGAAAGACUCCGCCUUCGCCAACUACCAUACCUGGAAAGCGAUUGGUUUUACAAUGACAUUUAUUUAUGGAAACCUGCUCUGUGUGUCAACAAAAUUGAUAAUCGCCAUAAGUUUACUGAUGGUGUCGAUGAUUUUAUAUUUAAUUGUAGAAAUUAGAGUUAAACAAAGUAAAUCUAGUAAUGAAAAAGAGACAGAAGAAGGAAACAAUUUAGACCCAGACAGCAAUACUUCAUAUGAUUGAAAUGCUUGCACAAUUGUACAGCACAUUUUUAUAGAUAGUAACAUUAAUGAAGUAAUUAUAUCUAGUUUUAUUGCAGUGAUUGAUUUUAACUUUUGCACAACACGAAUUGAUAAAAAAUAAAGUAUGAAUUUGUCUCAAGACAUUAACGCUAUCCACAUUACUACAACACUUUCACUUUAUUUAAACAUAUAUAAAACGCUGGCGUGUUUGA